UCAAGCGGUCAGCGGUCGUACGUUAAAAAGCCACGAAUACAAGUUAAGUAGUUAACUCUUCUACAAAAAUAUUAAUCUUUCAAGCAAAAAAAGCAUCGAAAAUGGGUGGAUUUUUUUCAAAUUUGCUUGCAUCCUUGUUUGGAUCAAAAGAAAUGCGAAUUCUCAUCCUGGGUCUAGAUGGUGCUGGAAAGACUACAAUACUUUAUAGGCUUCAAGUGGGUGAAGUUGUGACAACUAUACCAACGAUUGGUUUCAACGUGGAAACAGUAACAUACAAAAAUUUAAAAUUCCAAGUGUGGGAUUUAGGAGGUCAAACAAGCAUACGACCGUAUUGGCGCUGUUACUAUGCCAACACUGACGCUGUGAUCUACGUUGUGGAUAGUGCGGAUCGUGAUAGGAUUGGUAUUUGUAAACAAGAACUAUUGUCAAUGCUUGAGGAAGAGGAAUUGAAGAAGGCGAUAUUAAUGGUGUUUGCAAACAAACAGGACAUGGAAGGCUCAAUGUCAGCAACUGAAGUUUCUACUGCAUUAGGAUUGUCGGCCUUGAAGAGUAGAACUUGGUCAAUUUUCAAAACUUCUGCACUUAAAGGAGAAGGUCUAGAGGAAGCCAUGGAAUGGUUAGCCACGUCAUUAAAAACGAAACAAUAGAGAAGAGGAAACGGACGUCAAAUCAUCAUCGUUUGUAUUGCUUUACAAUUUGACAAGUGGAUACUAGCUCAAUAUAGUUUGCAGAAUUUAUACCAUGACAAAAUGCGAUGUCAUUGCUUUAGGUUCGAGGUAUUAAGAUUUGCUGGCGUAUCAUAUGAAGUACGUAGCGCGCGUUGAAAUAAUCUAUGUUUUAGAAAUCCUAAAUGUUGAUCCCAAAUCUAAUCUUCAAUCUGGAGUUGGAUUUAUAAUUUUAUGACAUUAGAUCAGAUUAGAGGUCAAUUUAUGGAAUUCUAAUGCUUCAAUAAUACGUACAUCUGCCAUUGAGUAUUUUCUGUGAUACGUAAGUUGAUUGUAUUAAUUUCAAGUACGAUUCAUUUCAAUCUUUGUACGUCUGAUUACUUUCCAUCUAUGUGUUCUACCUACGCUUCCUUUCUAUCUAUAUUCUAUCUAUGCAUGUAAAAAUACUAAAGAAUGUCGGCUGUAGAGUAGAACUUUUAGAGUCAUUGAAUUGAUGUUAAUAAGGAAUUUUAUGUAUGAUAAUGGACAUGAAUAGUUCUUGAAACUACUUUUAAAUUGCCUGAUAAAUAUGCAUUUCCGUGUAAUCUUCCUAUUCUUCAUUUCUUCUGUCCUCCACGCCUUGAUAAAGUAUUUCCCUUCCUGGUAGCAAACUUCAAAAAUAAAUAUUUCCUGCGAAUAUAUUUUGUUAAUAACCUUUGAAAA